AUGGCCUCGUCUACGAACGGCAAUAUCGUCAUCGAGUGGUUGCGAUCGCUCCACCUGGGCCAAUAUGCGGAAAGUUUCAUUGAUAACGGUUAUGAUGACUUAGAAAUAUGUAAACAGGUCGGGGAACCCGAUCUAGACGCGAUCGGAGUUCUUAACCCGGCACAUCGUCAAAGAUUGUUGCACUCUGUAAGAACUUUGAGAGAAGAAGGUGCAGCGGCUGUGUACUUUACCCUGGAGGAAGCCGCUGCUUCUCGAGACUGCAGAUGUGAAGAAGAAGUCCGCAAAGAACAAGCGGUGGCAGCCGUUGAACCGGCAAAAUAUGCCGACGAGUAUGAAGAGGGUAAAGCGGAGUUAGUAAAAAUUCCACGUAUCCAGUUGAAGAGGCUGCUACGUGAGCGUCUAGCUCAAGAUGGGAUUCGCUUGAGCCUUCAGCCGUACUCCACAACGGUCAGUGUUAAUUCGGUGUGGCAGUGUCUCUUGCGGCUGUGUUUGUGA